UGAACUUGAGGUCAGAUAUUGAGCUGUGUUCGUUCGUUGACGGCUGAUAUAUUCUAACUGUUAAUCAUAAAUUAACGAGAUAGAUUUACAAGUAGAAUCCCGAAAUGUUCAAAAACCGUGUCAUCCUUGCUUAUACUGACGUUGCUGCUGCAGGAAGCCGGGCAGUAUUUGGCAUAGAUCAUAAGAUAUCCUAUAGUUCUUUAGACAUUGCUGAGCUAUCUGAUAAACAACCAUCCUGUGUAAGAGAACAACCUGCAUCACCUGUGAUGUGUGAAUUUGACAAAAUACAAAUAUUGAACUGUAUCUAUGAAGAGUACUCUAUAGUUGUGCUGAAUACAGUACUUUGUGGUGAGGAUUGCCAUCAUGUUGUCAAUAGAAUCAUGGAUGAAUGUGCAAACAGUAAUGUAGAGCAAGUUGUACUAACUGCCGCCAUCAGAUCUGAUCCCAACAGACCACAGCAACUGGAAGGGGUAUAUGAAAACUGUAUUCACAUAAAACCAGAAACCAAAAAUCCACCAUUACCACAAGACGCCAGAAUAUCCGAUUCAGUAUUGAAUAUUUUGCUGCAAUUUUUAAUAAUUGAGAAAAUUCCAACAAGGUGUCUGCUGGUAGCUGGUCAUAAAGCUACAAGAGGAAAAGCCAAUAAACAAGAUGGUUCAUUACAGAGUAUACAGAGUAUACAAGAUGCAUUAAGUUCUGUAACAGGGUUAAAGUUCAACUUGGAAGAGAGCCAAUCAAUUGUUUAUAAAGGAACUAAUGAAACUGAAGAUGAGACAACAAUGAUAUACAUGUAGUCCGUGUAGUUUAUUGAAUAUGUCCAAGAUUGAUGGGAUCUC